AUGAACAAUCGCCGGACACUCCAUGCCGCUGCGAGGGAAGGCGACGUUGGUUCCAUAAAUCAAGCUCUCCAGUUAGGCGAGGACAUCAAUACGCCAAACCCAUUUGGGGACACGCCUCUUCAUUUGGCGGUAUGGAAAUUGUCGCGACCUUCUAUCAGGUUACUGAUGCUUGCGGGUGCCAGCGUAAGAGAUCUUGACGCUCAAGGAAAGUCUGUGUCAGAUCAGGCGAAGCAGUGGGGAGGAGAAGAGCUUUUGGCCUUCUUGAAGAGUGUAGAAGAGGAGUACAUGGUAUUUCAGGAGAACAUGCGAAAGCACGCUUUGGAUGAAAACUGGAAGGAGUUCGAUAAUAUGUUGUCAGAAUACUCAGGGCUGGUCAAUGUUUACCUACCAGAGGGGCAUACAUUGUUACAGGAAGUAGCAAAAUGGGGCAUUACUACGGGUUUGAAGAGACUGAUCCAGGUAGGCGCUAGGAUUGAUAUGAGAAGUAGAACAGGCCGAACCGCUCUUCACUUUGCAGCAGGGUCGGGGCGCUUACUCGCUAUCUGUGAGCUUCUUGAUCAUAGCGCCGAUUUGGAUGCCCAAGAUGACGAGGCCCAGACAGCUCUUCACCUUACCACACAGUCUAGCUCACUAGAAAGCAUGAAAGUGCUUCUCGAUCGCGGUGCAGACGUUAAUCUCCAGGGCAAGGACGGCCGGACGGCUCUUCACCUUGCCGCACAGUCUAGUUCGCUAGAAAGCAUGAAAGUGCUUCUCGAUCGCGGUGCAGACGUCAACCUCCAGGACAAGGACGGCCAGAUAGCUCUUCACCUUACAGUGCUAUCUAGCUCGCUAGGAAGUAUGAAUAUACUUCUCGAUCGCGGUGCAGACGUCAACCUCCAGGAUAAGGACAGCCGGACGGCUCUUCACCUUGCCGCACAGUCCGGUUUAGAGGAUAUUACGAAUACACUUCUCGAUCGUGGUGCAGACGUUAAUCUCCAGGGCAAGGACGGCCGGACGGCUCUUCACCUUGCCGCACAGUCCGGUUUAGAGGAUAUUGCGAAUACACUUCUCGAUCGUGGUGCAGACGUUAAUCUCCAGGAUAACGACAGCCGGACGGCUCUUCACCUUGCCGCACAGUCCGGCGCACUAGAAAGCAUAAAAGUGCUUCUCGAUCGCGGUGCAGAUAGUAACCUCCAGGAUAAGGACGGCCGGAUACCUCUUCAACUUGCCGCACAGUCCGGCUCGCUAGAUAGCAUGAAAGGGCUUCUCCGUCAUAUUACAGAGAGUAACCUCCAGGACAAACACGGCCGGACAGCUCUUCACCUUGCCGUAGAAUCCGGUUUAGAGGAUAGCGUGAAUACACUUCUCGAUCUUGGUGCAGACGUUAAUCUCCAGGGCAAGGACGGCCGGACGGCUCUUCACCUUGCCGCACAGUCUAGUUCGCUAGAAAGCAUGAAAAGGCUUCUCGAUCGCGGUGCAGACGUCAACCUCCAGGACAAGGACGGCCAGAUAGCUCUUCACCUUACAGUGCUAUCUAGCUCGCUAGGAAGUAUGAAUAUACUUCUCGAUCGUGGUGCAGAUAUCAACCUCCAGGACAAGGACGGCCGGACGGCUCUUCACCUUGCCGCACAGUCCGGCGUAAUAGAAAGCAUAAAAGUGCUUCUCGAUCGCGGUGCAGAUAGUAAUCUCCAGGGCAAGGACGGCCGGACGGCUCUUCACCUUGCCGCACAGUCCGGCGCAAUAGAAAGCAUAAAAGUGCUUCUCGAUCGCGGUGCAGAUAGUAAUCUCCAGGGCAAGGACGGCCGGACGGCUCUUCACCUUGCCGCACAGUCCGACGCAAUAGAAAGCAUAAAAGUGCUUCUCGAUCGCGGUGCAGACGUCAACCUCCAGGACAAGGACGGCCAGAUAGCUCUUUACCUUGCUAUACUAUCUAGCUCGCUAGAAAGCAUAAAAGUGCUUCUCGAUCGCGGUAUAGACGUUAAUCUCCAGGGCAAGGACGGCCGGACAGCUCUUCAUUUUGCCGCAGAGUCUAGCUCACUAGAAAGCAUGAAAGUGCUUCUCGAUCGCGGUGCAGACGUUAAUCUCCAGGGCAAGGACGGCCGGACAGCUCUUCACCUUGCCGCAGAGUCUAGCUCACUAGAAAGUAUCAAAGUGCUUCUCCGUCGCGGUGCAGACGUGAAUCUCCAGGACAAUAACAGCCGGACGGCUCUUCACCUUGCCGCACAGUCCGGCUUAGUAAAAAGUAUGAACAUACUUCUUGAUCGCGGUGCAGAUAGAAACCUCCAGGAUAAACACGGCCGGGCAGCUCUUCACCUUGCCGCACAGUACGACUCACUAGAUAGCAUGAUAGUGCUUCUCCGUCGCGGUGCAGAUAUUAACCUCCAGGAUAAGGACAGCCGGACGGCUCUUCACCUUGCCGCACAGUCCGGCUUAGUGAAAAUUAUAAAUAUACUUCUCUAUCGCGGUGCAGACAGAAACCUCCAGGACAGACACGGCCGGACGCCUCUUCACCUUGCUAUACUAUCUAGCUCGCUAGAAAGUUUAGAUAUGCUUCUCGAUCGCGGUGCAGACGUUAAUCUCCAGGAUAACGACGGCCAGACGGCUCUUCACCUUGCUAUACUAUCUAGCUCGCUAGAAAGUUUAGGUAUACUUCUCGAUCGCGGUGCAGACGUUAAUCUCCAGGACAAACACGGCCGGGCAGCUCUUCACCUUGCCGCACAGAGCGGCGCAAUAAAAAGCAUAAAAGUGCUUCUCCGUCGCGGUGCAGACGUUAACCUCCAGGACAAGUACAGCCGGACGGCUCUUCAACUUGCCACACAGUCUAGCUCGCAGGAGAGCAGGGAAUUACUUCUCGAUCAUAGUAGAGACAUUGACCUCCUAGAUCAUCACGGCAAUGUGGACUACAAGAGCUUCACCUUCAUCUAUCAUUGGAUGAAGCAGAGAGAUAUCGUCAAAACUGCAAUCCAAUACAGCUCAGCAGUAGGGUCGAUUCGGACCGAACUCUACCGCGCCAUCAUCAGGAUAUCCAGAAUUCAAAUGUGCCCGAAGUUCGAAUUAGCGAUUCACUAG